AGCCCAAUAGCUAAAGCCACCCCGAUGCUCUAUACUUCCACUGUAGCAACUCAGUGUGCAUAAAAAAUUCCCAACCCCAAAUCGCGUUUUAAACCCUAACCCUAGCAAUCAGAAGCAGAAAAAAAAAUGACGCAGAAGGCGAAUCUUUUCAAGGGUCAAGCGAAGAAGAAAUCAAUUCCUCCUAAUCGUCAUGGGAAAGCUCCUGUUAUUCGCAAAGGAAAGAGAUUCGUGAAGCCAUCAAAGGUCACAAAGGAGAUGGAUGCUGAUCGUGAGGUGAGCAAAUUCAUUAACCACUGCAAUGAGAUCAAAGCAGCGACUCUGGCUACUAAGGAUGGUGGCCAAUUAGGCAUUAUUAAGCAGCCACAAGAGCCACCAAGUAAAUAGACACUUAUCAGAGGGUUUGUGGUAGCUGAAUAUUUAACUUAUGAAUGGUGAAUUGUCUAAGACCCUUUGUAGUUAUAAAAUGUAAAAUCAAUUUUGAUAGCCUUGUCUUUGUUUUCAUUGAUAGAAUAUUUUGGGGGUCUGUAUUGGUUUGAAUUGAUCUUUUUGUCUCCAUUUAGGUGGAUGUUUGGUGUUUUUGGAUACAGUAGUUCUCAUAGCCCCAUUCCAUUUAUGAAGAAACACUAUGAUUUUAUUUUUUUUUACCAAUUCAACAAAAGGCUAUUGUUCCAAUUUAUUUUUUUUUUUUUACCUAUUGGCUAUUAUAUUGCUACA